CGCGGCGGGGCAGCCGGCCGGCCGGGGCGCCAGGCCGCUGGCUCCGCCCGCACCACAUGACUCCGCCGUCGGUAGAAACUUUUCCCGUCCCGCGGUUGGAAAAUGGCGGCGUAGGAGCGGGGCUCUCGCAUCCCCGCCCGGUCCGGCCGUCCCCACGGCCCCCAGCGCCAUGACCCGCUGGGUCCCCACCAAAAGGGAGGAAAAAUACGGCGUAGCUCUCUACAACUACGACGCGAGGGGACCAGAUGAACUGUCCUUACAAAUAGGUGACACCGUGCACAUUCUGGAAACAUAUGAAGGUUGGUACAGAGGUUAUACACUACGAAAAAAAUCCAAGAAGGGCAUUUUUCCUGCCUCCUAUGUCCAUCUUAAGGAAGCAAUAGUUGAAGGCAAAGGACAACAUGAAACAGUUAUACCCAAUGAGCUCCCCUUGAUUCAGGAGGUUACCACUACGCUGCGGGAAUGGUCUAUAAUAUGGCGGCAAUUAUAUGUUCAAGAUAACAGAGAAAUGUUUCGCAGCGUACGGCACAUGAUCUAUGAUCUUAUUGAGUGGAGAUCUCAAAUACUGUCUGGGACCUUACCCCAAGAUGAGCUCAAAGAACUGAAAAAGAAAGUGACUGCCAAAAUUGAUUAUGGCAACAGAAUUCUUGAUUUAGAUCUGGUCGUUAGAGAUGAAGAUGGCAACAUUUUGGACCCAGAGCAGACCAGCACGAUUAGCCUUUUCAGAGCACAUGAAAUAGCUUCCAAGCAAGUUGAAGAGAGGCUGCAGGAGGAAAAAUCUCAGAAACAGAAUAUUGAUAUCAACAGACAAGCCAAGUUUGCUGCCACUCCUUCAUUUGCUUUGUUUGUAAAUUUAAAAAAUGUAGUCUGUAAAAUAGGAGAAGAUGCUGAAGUCCUGAUGUCUCUGUAUGAUCCACUGGAAUCAAAAUUCAUCAGUGAGAACUACUUGGUGCGAUGGUCGAGCUGUGGACUCCCCAAAGAUAUAGACAGAUUGCAUAACCUUCGAGCAGUAUUCACCGACCUGGGCAGCAAAGACCUGAAAAGAGAGAAAAUCAGUUUCGUCUGUCAGAUCGUGCGAGUGGGCAGAAUGGAGCUGAGGGACAACAACACAAGGAAACUAACUUCUGGGCUGCGGCGACCUUUUGGAGUAGCAGUAAUGGAUGUUACUGACAUAAUUAACGGAAAAGUUGACGAUGAGGACAAACAGCACUUCAUACCAUUUCAACCGGUGGCAGGGGAGAAUGAUUUCCUUCAGACUGUUAUAAACAAAGUGAUUGCUGCUAAAGAAGUUAACCACAAGGGUCAGGGUUUGUGGGUGACUUUGAAGCUUCUUCCAGGAGAUAUUCAUCAGAUUAGGAAAGAGUUUCCACACUUAGUGGAUAGGUCAACAGCCGUGGCUCGGAAAAUGGGGUUUCCUGAGAUUAUCAUGCCUGGUGAUGUUCGUAAUGACAUCUAUGUGACGUUGGUUCAGGGAGAUUUUGACAAAGGCAGUAAAACAACAGCAAAGAAUGUAGAAGUUACAGUAUCUGUUUAUGAUGAAGAUGGCAAAAGAUUAGAGAGUGUUAUAUAUCCUGGCGCUGGUGAUGAAGCCAUCUCGGAAUACAAGUCAGUAAUAUAUUACCAAGUAAAGCAACCUCGCUGGUUUGAGACUGUAAAGGUCGCAAUCCCCAUUGAAGAUGUGAACCGCAGUCAUUUAAGGUUCACGUUCCGUCAUAGAUCAUCACAGGACUCCAAAGAUAAAUCUGAGAAAAUAUUUGCCCUAGCAUUUGUGAAGCUCAUGAGAUAUGAUGGAACAACUUUGAGAGAUGGAGAACACGACCUUAUAGUUUACAAGGCAGAAGCAAAGAAGCUGGAGGAUGCCUCGACAUACUUAAGUCUUCCAUCCACUAAAAUAGAAUUGGAGGAGAAGGGACACUCUGCAACGGGGAAGAGCAUGCAGAACCUUGGAAGCUGCACCAUCAGCAAAGACUCUUUCCAGAUUUCUACUCUAGUUUGUUCAACAAAACUUACGCAGAACGUUGAUCUGCUGGGACUUCUGAAAUGGCGAUCUAACACGAACUUGUUGCAGCAGAAUUUGAAGCAGCUGAUGAAGGUCGAUGGUGGUGAAGUGGUUAAGUUUCUUCAAGAUACAUUGGAUGCACUUUUUAACAUAAUGAUGGAGAACUCGGAGAGUGAGACAUUUGACACGUUAGUGUUUGACGCUUUGGUGUUUAUCAUUGGACUGAUUGCUGACAGAAAAUUUCAACAUUUUAAUCCUGUCUUGGAAACCUACAUUAAGAAGCAUUUCAGUGCUACAUUAGCCUACACAAAACUGACUAAAGUUUUAAAAACGUACGUGGAUAAUGCUGAGAAGUGUGGUAUCACUGAUCAGCUCUUUAAAGCUAUGAAAGCUUUGGAGUACAUCUUCAAGUUCAUAGUCCGGUCCAGGAUAUUGUUCAAUCAACUUUAUGAAAACAAAGGAGAAGCAGACUUCAGGGAAUCUCUGCUGCAGCUCUUUAAGUCCAUCAAUGAGAUGAUGAGCAGCAUCUCUGAUCAAACUGUCAUAGUGAAGGGGGCAGCACUUAAAUACUUGCCAGCUAUUGUCAACGAUGUGAAAUUAGUAUUUGAUCCAAAAGAACUCAGCAAACUCUUUACUGAAUUCAUCCUAAACGUUCCUGUGAGCCGGCUCACCAUCCAGAAGCUAUACUGCUUGAUAGAAAUAGUUCACAGUGACCUCUUCACGCAGCACGACUGCAGGGAAAUCUUGCUGCCAACAAUGACAGAUCAGCUGAAGUAUCACUUGGAAAGACAAGAAGAUUUGGAGGCUUGCUGCCAGUUGCUGAGUAACAUCCUGGAAGUGCUUUACAAGAAGGAUGUGGGGCCAACGCAACGACAUGUCCAGAUAAUCAUGGAAAAGCUAUUGAGGACAGUAAACAGAACAGUCAUUUCCAUGGGACGUGAUUCGGAGCUCAUUGGGAGUUUUGUUGCAUGCAUGACUGCCAUUUUAAGGCAAAUGGAGGACUAUCACUAUGCUCAUUUAAUCAAGACGUUUGGAAAGAUGAGGUCGGAUGUUGUGGAUUUCCUGAUGGAAACAUUCAUCAUGUUCAAGAAUCUCAUUGGGAAGAAUGUCUAUCCCUUCGACUGGGUUAUAAUGAACAUGAUGCAGAAUAAAGUCUUCCUGCGAGCAAUUAAUCAGUAUGCAGAUAUGCUAAACAAAAAAUUUCUUGAUCAAGCCAACUUUGAGUUACAGCUUUGGAACAACUACUUCCACCUGGCUGUUGCUUUUCUCACACAAGAGUCUUUACAACUGGAGAAUUUUUCAAGUGCUAAAAGAGCGAAAAUACUUAACAAGUACGGUGAUAUGAGAAGGCAGAUCGGUUUUGAAAUCAGGGAUAUGUGGUAUAAUCUGGGUCAGCAUAAAAUCAAGUUCAUCCCAGAAAUGGUGGGACCUAUCUUGGAAAUGACGCUGAUCCCUGAAACCGAACUUCGAAAAGCUACAAUCCCAAUCUUCUUUGAUAUGAUGCAGUGUGAAUUUCAUUCUACUAGAAGCUUCCAGAUGUUUGAAAAUGAGAUCAUCACGAAACUGGAUCAUGAAGUGGAAGGAGGCAGAGGAGACGAACAGUACAAAGUGUUAUUUGACAAAAUUCUCUUGGAGCACUGCAGAAAACACAAAUACCUGGCUAAGAGCGGAGAAACUUUUGUGAAACUUGUUGUCCGCUUAAUGGAGAGGUUGUUGGACUACAGGACCAUAAUGCAUGACGAGAACAAGGAGAACCGCAUGAGCUGUACUGUCAACGUGCUGAAUUUCUACAAGGAGAUUGAGAGAGAAGAAAUGUACAUAAGGUAUUUGUACAAACUGUGUGACCUGCACAAAGAAUGCGAUAACUAUACGGAAGCUGCCUACACGUUACUUCUGCAUGCAAAGCUUCUUAAGUGGUCAGAAGAAGCAUGUGCAGCACAUCUUACCCAGCGGGAUGGAUACCAGGCUGCUACUCAAGGACAGUUGAAAGAUCAACUCUAUCAAGAAAUUAUCCAUUACUUUGACAAGGGCAAGAUGUGGGAAGAGGCCAUUGCCUUGGGUAAAGAACUUGCAGAACAGUAUGAAAAUGAAAUGUUUGAUUAUGAACAACUCAGUGAACUGCUGAGAAAGCAAGCCCAGUUCUAUGAGAACAUUGUGAAAGUCAUAAGACCAAAACCAGACUACUUUGCUGUUGGGUACUACGGCCAGGGAUUUCCAACAUUCAUAAGGAACAAAGUCUUCAUUUACCGGGGAAAGGAGUACGAACGCCGUGAAGACUUCGAAGCAAGGUUAUUGACUCAGUUUCCAAAUGCAGAAAAAAUGAAAACGACGUCUCCGCCGGGCGAUGACAUUAAAAACUCCUCCGGCCAGUAUAUUCAGUGCUUUACUGUAAAGCCGAAACUGGAUUUACCGUCUAAAUUUCACAGGCCAGUGUCAGAACAAAUCGUGAGUUUCUAUAGGGUGAAUGAAGUCCAACGGUUUGAGUAUUCACGCCCUGUUCGAAAAGGAGAGAAAAACCCAGACAAUGAAUUUGCGAAUAUGUGGAUUGAGAGAACCAUCUAUGUGACAGCGUAUAAAUUACCAGGGAUUCUGAGGUGGUUUGAAGUCAAAUCAGUUUUCAUGGUUGAAAUUAGUCCCCUGGAAAAUGCAAUAGAAACCAUGCAGCUAACAAAUGAUAAGAUCAACAAUAUGGUUCAACAGCAUUUAAAUGAUCCAAAUCUACCCAUUAACCCGCUCUCAAUGCUGCUUAACGGCAUUGUGGAUCCCGCAGUCAUGGGAGGGUUCACAAACUACGAGAAGGCUUUUUUUACUGAAAAAUAUAUGCAUGAGCAUCCAGAAGAUCACGACAAGAUUGAAAAACUGAAGGAUCUGAUCGCUUGGCAGAUCCCGUUCCUGGCGGAAGGCAUCCGGAUCCACGGGGAGAAGGUGACAGAGGCGCUGCGGCCCUUCCACGAGCGGAUGGAGGCUUGCUUCAGGCAGCUGAAAGACAAAGUGGAAAAACAGUACGGCGUCCGCGCUGUCCUUUCAAGUCUGGACGACAGACGGGGCAGUCGGCCACGGUCUAUGGUGAGGUCCUUCACGAUGCCAUCAUCUUCAAGACCCCUCUCCGUUGCAUCGGUGUCUUCCAUCUCCUCUGACAGCACACCUUCUCGACCGGGCUCGGAUGGGUUUGUGCUGGAGCCCCUCCUGCCAAAAAAGAUGCAUUCUAGGUCUCAAGAUAAAUUGGACAAGGAUGACCUAGAUAAAGAUAAGAAAGAAAAGAAGAAGGAGAAAAGGAACAGCAAGCAUCAGGAGAUAUUUGAUAAAGAAUUUAAAUCUACUGAUAUUUCUCUGCAGCAGUCUGAAGCAGUGAUCCUUUCAGAAACGAUUAGCCCACUAAGACCACAGAGACCAAAAAGCCAAGUCAUAAACGUCAUUUCAAGUGAAAGACGUUUCUCCGUCUCUCCAUCGUCUCCCAGCUCCCAAGCGACGCCACCACCAAUUACACCACGGACAAAACUUUCUUUCGGCAUCCAGUCCAAUCUGGAGCUGAAUGGUAUGUCCAGCUCUGACAUCCCUGACGUUCCUCCUCCUCUGCCUCUCAAAGGAAGCAUGGCUGAUUAUGGGAACCUCAUGGAAAGUCAAGACUUGAUCAGCCCGGCGACCUCCCCCCCUGCCCAUCAAAGGCACCUGCCGCCUCCGCUCCCCAGCAAGACUCCCCCGCCUCCGCCUCCAAAGACAACUCGGAAGCAAACGUCUGUUGACUCUGGGAUUGUCCAGUGAAGAAGGAAGCGUUUUUUCCAAAGAUAAAGCUGUAACAAUUCAUUUCCCUAAGUAUUUUAUGGUAUAUAAUGUUUACCUCAUUCAGGCGUGCAGUAUCUAACAUUUAGUGCAAUGACUCUAACUCCGUAAGAAAUCCAUUUCUAGCUGUGUGUGGGAACCAACACUACAUUGCCCCUCUUUCUGGGGUUAUUCCCUCCCGUAACUUGAAAGAAAUCUGGAUUUCUACUUGAGACCGGGAGGUAUUCAUCAACUGACAGUGCCCUCUUCCUAAACCUUCUCCCUGCUUCUUCUGAAUAACUUCAGGCACAUAGGUAGCUGUGGACAUUAAAAUGAGAGUUGAAUAUUUUGUACCUAAAGCAUUCAGGUAGCUGUGGAGUUUAAAAUGAGCUGAGUAUUUUGUACCUGAUCUCAGCGUAUAUAGGAAUCGAUGAUGAUAUUCACAUUGAAUUCAGUGCAUGUUGGAGUAGGCUUCACAGUAAGAAGAAGCUGCCGUAGGAUUUCCCCAAAUAACGGUUCUGCCCAGGGCUAAAAAUCAGACACGGCUUAUUUGUGAAAUGUGCCUUCUCUUUAAUUGUUCUGUGUUACAAAUAAACCGAUCGCUAAUGGGCUUUGUAAAAUUAGUCGUUGGUGAUCAGUCAUUUCCAUUUUUGUUCAGUUGGCCCUUCUUCUGGGUGCUGAUCGAAGGGUAAAGCGAGGAAGCCUUUUAGCUGCUGAGCGUAUAGGAAAAGGAACGGAGUAGGCAGGUAGGAGACUCCUGGUCGUUCUGAACGCAGCAGUCGACGACAAGAAUGGGAAGAGCUUCUUCUUUUCUUCUUUAAUGUGUAAUAUUUCAUGUGGAUUAGGAUGAACUGAAUGGAAUCACUUUGUCCUUGUGCCAUCAUUCUGUACAGCGUUUGUAUAUAUGAUGGUUUUUAGAAUGUUUUAAUUUUUAUGGUGCCUGCUUUUCAUGUAAUAAUGAAUUAAUGUACCUGCAAAGAAUGCCUUACAUAUUUUUAAUUUCCUAAUUGCUGAAAGUGUAAAAAAAAAAGGCAAUUUUUUUUCCCAGAUAUUAGGCUCUGAGACAUAUUGGACAAUGGUGGGGUGGGGUGUUGGGAGGGAGGAAGGAAACUAACUUUAGCAUUUUUUAUUGUC